UAUAUGAGACCCGGCUCAGCCCGGCCGGGGAACUUGUGGCCAAAAUUCUUGCUUUUGGUUUCGUUUCUUUGUAAGAAGAAAGAGGCGGCUCUAAUUCCCCGGGAGCUCUCCGGGGCGCUGCAUCGGGGCCGGGCGCAGAAGCUCGGAGCAUGAGUGAGAGGGCGUCCGGGGCGCUGGUGCAGCUCCAAGGGCUGCCCCACGCCGCGUCUGAUGAGUUCAUCACCUUGUACUUUGAGAACAGGCGGCGCUCGGGGGGCGGUCCUCUGCGAGGCUGGCAGCGGCUGGACAGCGGCGGGAUCCUCACCUUCCAAAAGCCGGAGGAUGCUCAGCGAGUCCUGGCCCAGGCUGGCCACGUGCUGCAGGGCACGGCUGUGAGUGGGGCACCUUCUCCACGAGCUCCCCAGCGUCUGCUGCUCUUGGGUCUAAAGCCGGGCACGACCCCGGAGCUCCUGGAGCUGUAUGUGGAGAGUCUCUUAAGCGCCCAGGGGGAGUGUCAGGCCUUCGCCUGUCCCCGACCAGACCGGGCCCUGGUACAGUUACCCACGCCUCUCUCGGAGGCAGAGAUCUGGGCUACUAGAUGCAGGGGGAAAACACUGGACCGCGCAACGCUGGCGCUAGCCUGGGUUCGGACUCGAGCUGUGAGGGUUGUGGGGAGGGAUCAGUCCCCAGCUCCUCUGCUGCUUCAGCUCUACCUGGAGAACGAAGGCCACAGUGGGGGCGGUGCCCUGGAGGGGCCGCGGAUAUUACCCGGGGCCCUGGGAACGGUUGCGACCUUCCAGCAGUGGGAGGUAGCCUAGUGAGUGUUGAGUCGCUAUCACCGCCUUUGCGGAUAUGAUGUUUUGGAUUCUGAGCUUGACCAUGAGCCUAAAGCCGAGGAAAGAGUGAUACCAGCCUUAGGAAAAAUGAUUUUCACUGAGACACCAGGAGAGAAAGUGCCCAGAGAGACCUUUGGGGAAAGUGCCUGUGGAGAGAGGGUUAUGCUACCUGUGGAGCGUGUCAAAGAGACAGUUUCUUUGAAGGAGUUGGUGACUGUGGAGAGACCAGGGGCAAUAGAACCCUUGGGGUGCAUAGUGCCCGAGGAAACGGUGCCAGUGGAGAAAUCAAGAGAGCCAUUAGGUGACCCCGUGCCCAAGAAGGUGGUGCCCGUGGAGAUCCUGGUGCCCAUGGAGCCAGGCGCCCUGCGAUUUUUGCAACUCUAUUACCAGGAGUUUCUCGCUAGCCUUGAGGAAGUGAUCCUCUGCCCAAUACAUGGCCCAAAGGUCACUGGCUUUCAGGUCAGUAGAGCACUGGAGCCAUGCCAGGCUGUCAAAGAUUUCCUACAUCUUCUGGGCAGCAUUGGGUCCCAUGUGCUACCUCUGAAACGUCCAGGCAGCCUCUGCUUCCUGCUGGGCACUGAGGGCCAAGAGCUUCUCAGAGCCCUGGAGACCCAGUUCCAUUGCAUCCUCAUAGUGGAGCAGCAGGUGAUGAUGGCCCUUGAUGCAGACCCUGCGGAGGUACCCCUUUCCCCCUCCCCUCUAAGCCCAGCCUCUGAUGUCUAAGCUGCUUGCCCUCUCUUGCCAACCUUCCUGUCUCAGAUCUUACUCCCAUUCCAACCCUCCAAGCUUGGGAAGUUUCUGGACACUCAGAAGCUUCUGGAUGAAGAAUGGCUUACUCUGGCGAUGGAGGAAGGGGUGGCAGCUCCUGGCAGACCCGAGGAGUUACUGAAGGAGGAGGAGGCCGCCCUUCAGGUGGCCCUGCACCACGGUCUGGAGGAGGAGACCAGGACUCUAAAGCAGGCGCUGAUGCUCUUCCUCCUGAAUGACGCCGAGGACAGCCAUGGCUCUGCCAGUAAUGGAAAGCUUGUGGCACAUGUCUCCCUGGACCAGGACCCCGGGGCUGGCCCGGCUUUGGAGACCGCUCUCAGGGAACAGCUACGAGAGGAGAGGGUGACGGGUGUGGGCCAGGACUUACCCCCUGCACUCUGGUCCUGCCUGGAGAAGCACCACGAUGUGACUAUUGCCCUGCAAGGAAACUGUGCUGUCUUAAGUGGCUACGGUCGCCAGCCUUCCUGUGCUUCCAGUCACCUCCGAGAACUGAUGGCUGAUCCUCGGAGCCAGAGCCACACAUCCGCUCCAGGACCUGUCGGAGCACAAGCAGUGCCUCUAGAGCUGGACUGCCUGGCAGAAAGCAGCAAGGAAUUCCAGGAGACAGUUCAAGCUUUUUGCAGCACUUUGGACAACCUCUGCAACAAGAUUCACAUCAUCAAGAUUGAGAGGGUGUCUCUUCCCCUGCUCCAUCAGUAUGAGCUCCAUAAAAAGAAGCUGGCCCAGUCAUGUCCCCAGCACCCUGCUGAACAAAUCCUGUUUCAUGGGACCUCUUGGCAAGCUGUGCCUGAUAUCUGCAGCCACGGCUUCAACCGAAAUUUCUGUGGCCGCAAUGCUACUCUCGAUGGGCAGGGGGUGUAAUUUGCUGUCCAAGCUAAGGUUUCCAUCGAGGACCUGUACUCACCCCCAGAUGCCAAGGGGCACAAAGCAGUGUUUGUGGCUCGGGUGCUGACAGGAAACUAUGGGCCAGGACAUCCACAGGUUCGGGUCCCACCCCUGAGGAAUACCGGACAGGGCAUCCAGCGUUGUGACAGUGCUGUUGACUUAAUAAGCCGACCUAGAAUUUUUGUCAUUUUCCACAAUACUCAGGCUUUGCCCAUCUUCCUCAUCACCUGUCAAUGGCAUACUCUAUAGUGACAACUGCAGUGAUCCCUCCCCUCCAUCAAUUCCCGCUAUUGACUGCUGAAAUGGCCCCAGGACCCACUUACUUCCUUUUUGCCUGAAUCAUCCAGAUCUGGUUUGUGCACAAGGGUCAGGUAGUGUUGGAUGAAAUAAGAUAGAGAGAAGGCUAUGGGAAGAAAGCCUGGUUCCUUGCACUGUCAUAAAAUAUUUCCUUCCUUCUUCUCUGCUGCUACCUUCUUUUCAUCCCAAAAUACUGUCUCUGACUUCCUCUUCUCCUUCCAUCUUACCUUCCCUGCUCCCCUCAAAUUUACGUCUAAUCUAGACAGUGAAAGGGGAGCUUAAGGGGUAUAUGAAGGCGAAAACUGUUGUGAUAUAGGAGCCUCCUGCCAGUGGCUGCGGGAGGUCUAACUCAGAUCCAUAGCAUGAAUCUCUUCAUGUGAGAGGAUGACGAUGAUACAAGGAGACUGAGAGGCAGUUGUGCUCUCUGAUCUCUUUCUCCUCUUCCCUCUGCCUCCAAUUUAUUUCAUUCCCAAUCCACAAGGAACAUUUUCAAAGGCUGCUUUGUAACUCCUUCAAGUUUAUGAUUCACAGCAGUGGAGGCUCUUGGACAAUUGACCUGCCCCUUCACCUAGGCAUGGUCCUUAACAGAAAACUGUCUGCCUAGAUCUGCCAAUAUUGGAACCAGAAAGCAGCAGGUAUGACAUAGAAAAAUGGAGAGAGCUGACCAGUAGUUCCUUGGAGACAGUGGCCAAAAGGCAAACCCACAAUAAAAAGCAUCACCUUGUCUGUCAAAAGGACAAAAAUAGGUGACGAGUGCUUUUAAUUUCACAAAUAUCCUGACAGAAACAUCAUGAUGUAUGAUAGUUAAUAAAGAUUUAUUAAAUAAUUACUGUGUA